GGACUGUCCGAGCGUGCUGCUCUCCUCUAGUACUCGAGCUUUUACAACCGAAACAAACUGCUGAUGUUGUUCUUUCACUUGAUGUUGAUGAUGAUGUUAGUGCACGUUAAACGGGCCACGGGAGAGAAAGGACGCACAUCUGGUUGCACAAAGCCGUGCGCAUUAACGUGUGCAGAUGUUGACUCGCGUAUAAGCCACACAGGACGUGCUCUCCCCGAAAUCCGGUCAUGCACACACACAAAAACACGCGUACAUUUGUCGGAAGUAGACAAAGUAGCUGUUCGGUAAACGGUACAGCUGCGCGCGCAUUUACAUUCUCGCGACGGAAGUGCAACGGCUGAAACCCGGAGGAAAGCGACAACUGAGCGAAAACGAAGCGGAAUUAGUCAAUGAGAGAGGGAGGAGAGAGAGAGAGGAAUUGAAUGUGUGCGACUGGGAGGCUGCUGGACGCAGGGCCGUGGUGGACGUGGCGGGUCCGGCAGGAGUUUGAAGCGGCGCGUUGACGGCCGAUAAAAAAGCGAUGCAUCGAAAAAACGUCAGGCGCCAGGGAAGUCGUUGCUGUUCCUAACCCAGGCGAGAGGUCACAGUGGGCGUCAGUGGCGAACCCCUUGCACGUUUGUCUUAGUGAAAGUAAAAUAUAAUACUCAUAACGGAUACGUUUACUGCUCGGUGGACUCGCUUCCACCAGGAUGGCAGAGCUGGAGACAGAAUGCAUCACUUUAGGACUAAGUAGCCUAGUGUCGGAAUGCGGCUCUCCGCCCCUCGACACGUUGGACGCGGAGUGUGCCACGCCCACGCUGACCAUGCUGUCGUCAGAAUGUAGCACUCCCACCCUCAGCUCACUGGCCUCCGAUAUAGUGGAGCCCAUGGCCAUGCUGCCCUUCGUGAAAAGCGAGCCCGACCUCGACCCAAUCUGCACAGUGGACCUGUCUGUCAUCCAGCCACUGAGCACGGCCGAGCUGGGCUCCGAGCAGAUCAAGAUGGAGAUCAGCGGCCUGGACUACAUCAAGUCCGAGCACCACGACUUCCAUUCUUUCCAUGGUACGGAGCUGGACUCCUACAAGUCACACUACGAACCCAGUCUGGUGUUCGACUACAUCACACACGUCUCCGACAGCCUGGAGUACAUCAAGUCAGAGCAGCACUCGGACCUGCAGAGCUACUACGCCACAGAGCUCGGCGCCAUCAAAACCGAGUAUGAACCCAUCCUCAUGUCCAGCCACAUCAAGACGGAGAUGAACGGUCUGGAAUCCAUCCACAUGGCGGAGUUGCGCACCGAGCUGAACAAACUCCGACCCGACACCGUCAUGGACGGCAUGGGCAAACUAGACUCGGAUUUCCCCUCGGGAAAUCUUUACGAACUGACGCCCGUCGCGCACAACCUCACCAGCACAAAAGGCCACGCGCCGACUCCUCGCAAACCUCGCAACCUCUCGGGCGAGAAGCCGUUCUCCUGCACUCAGUGCAGCAAGAACUUCAGUACUUUGGGCAACCUGAAGACUCACCAGCGCAUCCACACGGGCGAGAGACCGUACACCUGCUCCCAGUGCGGGAAGAGCUUCGGUCAGGCCGGCAACUUGAAGCGGCACCAGCUGAUCCACACGGGCCAAAAGCCUUACACCUGCGCGCACUGCCCCAAGGGUUUCACCAAAGCGGACGACCUCCGCUCGCACCAGCGGCUGCACACGGGCGAGAAGCCAUUCGCUUGCGCCGAGUGCGGCAAAAGCUUCGGUCAGACCAAGGAACUCAAAGCCCACCAGCUGAGCCACACGGGAGAGCGGCCGUACUGUUGCUCGCUCUGCGGUAAGAGCUUUACGAAAGAGACCAGUUACCGCCAUCACCAGCAAAUACACACGGGCGAGAAGCCCUUUACCUGCUCGCAGUGUGGCAAAUCGUUCAGCAAUCCAGGGGUCCUCAAAACGCACGAGAAGAUCCAUUCCGGCGAGCGGCCGUUCGGCUGCACCCAGUGCGGCAAAAGCUUCGGCCGCCUGGGACACCUUAAAGCGCACCAGCAGAUUCACACGGGCGAACGGCCGUUUACCUGCGAGCAGUGUGGCAAGAAUUUCAGCCAGUCAGGUCACCUCAGAGCACACGAGCAAAUUCACAAACGGGAAAAACCCGAUCUCAGCAGCGGCAGCAGUCUUAGCAACGACAGUAGCUAAACACCUCAUUUUACGUCUCAAAGUAUUACUCUUUUCUUUCGUUAUUCUUUCUUUUGUUUUUUUUAUAAAAGCUACAGUAUAUAUAAAUAUAUUAUAAAAUAUAUAUGUUUCAUUAUGUUUUCGUCUCUUUUCUUAAUAUCUUUUUGGGUACAGUUUUGUGACCGAAGUCUCUAUGUUUGAGGUCACAGAGAGUCUUUGUAUCUGAUCUGUGUUGUAGUCGGUGACGUUCUAGUUUCUUUCCUCCAGUAUAAAAUACUCCGUGUACACGUUUAUUGGUCAUAUGUAAUUCUUAAACCAUGUACUGGAAUGAAUUAUUAAAGAAACUAAUGGAAAAAUUCUGCCGUUUAGCGUUCGUCCUUAAUUCAAGUAUGAUUUUUUUACUUUAAGUAAUCUCUUUUGUCUCUUCGUGUGUUUUUGAGUUUUUUAUAGAUGAUUCUGUAGCCCUGGUGAUGUUACUCAUGCAGUGGUUGAGACUGAGAUGCUUUGGAGACACACAUUGGCUCUCAAUCGAAUUUAAUUUACGAAAAAAAUGUUUUUUAUUUACAGAGGUGCUAAGACACAAAAGUUCAUCAGUUGGCAAUUGUGGUGUUUUUGUAUUGGAAACAGUUUAUAUUAAACGAAAUUGAACAAAAAUGGGUGUGUACAUGAUUUAUAAAUCUAACUCCAAACGUUUAAUUUCAAUGUUUACAAGACAAAGUGCUUUAAAAUGUUCUUCUUUUACAUUCUAUGCACAUGGAUUUGUUUAAGGUGUCCAUUUGAAUGUACGUCUUAUGUGGUCCAUCCUUCACAUUUGUUCUCCAGCAGAAAGUUCCAGGCGUUUAAAGGGAAAAACACAUGCACAUUUAGUUUACGUAAUGUGUUUUUGAGACUUGCGUUGUCACCUCGGCAAACGAGCGGUGCUUUGCAUGGAUAUGCAGGAUAUCUUCUCUUCCUAAAAACAAUUGUAAGUCUUCAUUCUAAAUCCUUAUUGUCUUUUGUGGGGCAAGAUGUUCUUAUUUUUCUACUAGAGGAUUUCUUUUUUAACCAACAGAGGUCACUGUUAGCUCAUUUAUAGAGGUUUGUCACCAUAUUUCAUCUGCCAUAGUUUUUCAAAGCUCGGAUGAUCUGAUGCCUUUCACAGUUUUAUCUCAAAUGAACCGAUAGACACAUUUUUGUUAGUUUCAGAGAAUUCUUUCAUCAUGUAUUCACCCUCAUGUCGUUUUAAACAUGUGCGACUUUCUCUCUUCUGCAGAACCCAAAAGAUGAAAUUUGGUUGAUUUCCAUUGUAUAGACACAAAGACAAAUUUUGUAUUUUGUUUUCCAUUAAGAAAAGAGUCAUAAAAAAGAUUUUAAACUGCAUAAGGAUGAAUAAAUGAAGCAA